CACGCAUGAUACAGAAGGACAUAACUUGACUUUAAAAAAUAUGUAAGACAGCUGUUGUUUUCGUGGCCCAUGCAUCUCGGAUUUACGGGGAAAUUUAAAACCCGAAUUAUUGUAUUGAAGUAUAAGUGGCUUAUGUAAUAAAAUAGCAGUGAUUUCAAAGGAGAAGACGAUCAAAGAUAAUAUGUGACCAUCAUAAACUAAAGGUGGGGGAAACAGACCAAGACAGACACUAUAAGAAGAGAAUUUGUGACCGAAACUGACCAUUAAACUGACAAUGUUGACCAAAGGGACAGUGUUUCUCUGUGUGGCUUUGCUGGGACUGACCGGCUGUGUGCUGGCCGGAGAGAAGUCUGUGGAUUGUGACAUACGGGCAGGAAUGGAGCGAAGGGCAACGAUACCAAAAUCUUGUACAGAGGGAGUCAUUUCGUUUGAUUACCCCUGGCUACAACAUAACAAGCCUCUGCUGAUCAAUGCCAAAGGUCGAAAGGAUGAUUUCAAGCUCUGCCUCUACAGUUGUACAGACGAUGUUCGUCUCCGCGGCAAAAAACGCGUCCUAAGGAAAGGUGAAACCUUAUGUGUUGAUAGCAAACAAAGGGCCAUGAUUAUGCAGGUUGACGAACGCCAAAGUUACGCGAUCAUAUUCCGGUAUCUGGACAAGGCUAAUCUGAGUGCUUUCAAAAAGACACCUAAUAAAACGUGCUGAAGGAGGCUGGAUCGGAGGAUUGAAAGGAUAAAUUGACACUUAAGAGUUAACAUUGCAUGUUAAGAAUAUCAGAGAUAAAUAAAAACAAUUAUCCUUUCACUGGAUAUAAACAGGAAAAGAUCGAUUUUGGCCAUAUUUAUCUAUUUGCCAUAGAGACGACAACACUGUCCUUGGAUAUAUAAAAAAAAAAAAAAACAGCCAUUAUUAUGUGCACAGCCAUCAUCAAUCGACUUUCUGUUUCCUAAUGAUUAUCGCAGUGCCGGAUAUCAUUGUUUUAGAUAUAUCGUUGAUGGUUCUUAGCUUGUAAAUCUAGCUUUAAAGAAGCUUAUAAGAUACAUAGUUCCUUACAUGAAAAAUAAGUUUUAAAGAUACAAGGUUCUUCACAUGUAAACUUGGCUCUAAGGAUACAUGGUUGAUGCAUGGUUCUUACCAUGUGACAAUAGCUUUAAGGAUACAUGGUUCUUACCAUGUGACAAUAGCUUUAAGGAUACAUGGUAUUUACCAUGUGACAAUAGCUUUAAGGAUACAUGGUAUUUACCAUGUGACAGGUUAAGUUAGUUGUAAUGAUACAAUGGUUCUGAAAAUGUAAAAUCAGUUUUAAGGAUAAUUGGUUCAUGCAUGUAAAAUAAGCUUUAAGGAUUCAUGGCUCUUAGAUGAAAAAUUAGUUUUACUGAUAUAUGGUUCUUAACAUGUAAAAUUAGAUUUAGUGAUACAUUGUUCAUAAAAUUUAAAAUUAUCUUUAAGAAUGUAUGUAAUACAUUAUUUUGUAAUGUAUCACCUUUCUUAUGCGGUUUCACUCUUGCAAACUUGUACAGUGCUUUGAUAGACGAGUUUUGGGCAAAUUAAUGUAUUAUAAUUAUUAAUAUCAGAGGUACAAAAUGAAUACAUUAAUAAAUCUGAAUGACCGGAUAGUGCUUAUUUGAAUAUCAGGACGGAUACUUCAAACACGGCUCACAAUAUAUCACUCUAUAUCACUUCUUAAAAAACUCAUUUUUAGCGUUUUGGUUUUAUUUUAUUAUGAUUUAUAAACCAGGAAAGUAUGUCUGUGACGUAAUGUUUCCUUCCCAAGAUAGUUAUUCCUAGAACUUGAAUGAAAUAAAAUAUAAAAACUUGUUUUUCUGAACACUUCGUUUCCCUUCUCAAGCCUAAAUAUUGAAAAGUGAACUGUGUGUACAAAGUUGGAAUAACUUGUUGUAUCGAUGAUCGUGCUUACAAUGAAUAGAUAAAAUAUUGAA